GUUUUAUUCAAGUUGCCACUUUUUAGCUUUUAGGUCCACAAAAUUUCCUCUGCUCUGAGAGUUGAGAGGCAAAGAAGCUGAGAAAAUUUUCGCUAUAUUUUAUUAAAAAAGAGCUCAAUUUGUAGUUUUGAGUCCAGACAAGUAUUUCUUCGUAGCUAAAACGUCAAAGUUUGUGGAGUAUUAGUGAAAGAUGGGUUGUUUUAAGAGGAAGUCGCAAGAAUUCUGCAAUAAGGGUAACAUUAUAUCACCUCCAAGUAAACAACUGAAACAAAAUGGUUCAGUGGGUGUGGGUGAGGAAGUGGUAUGUGUGCAUGAUGUAUCAUACCCGGAAGGCUAUGUCCCCUCUGCUUCUUCAACUUUGCCUCAAGUAGACUCAACACCUGCUAAGGAGUUCCCUUUUACUCUCGACCCUUUUCAAUCUGAAGCUAUCCAUUGCCUUAAUAAUGGUGAAUCCGUCAUGGUAUCAGCACAUACGUCAGCGGGAAAGACAAUUGUUGCGUUGUAUGCCAUUGCCAUGUCGCUGAAGAAUAACCAGCGAGUAGUAUAUACUUCACCAAUUAAGGCUCUUAGUAAUCAGAAGUAUAGAGAAUUCAAAGAGGAGUUUUCAGAUGUGGGUUUGAUGACAGGAGAUGUCACCAUUGAUCCAAAUGCUUCUUGCUUGGUAAUGACUACAGAAAUCUGGCGUAGUAUGCAGUAUAAAAUAUCAGAUGUUAUAGGGGAGGUGGCUUGGGUUAUUUUUGAUGAGGUACACUACAUGCGUGAUCGAGAAAGAGGUGUGGUUUGGGAGGAAAGCAUUGUUAUGGCCCCUAAAAAUUCUCGCUUUGUGUUCCUCUCAGCGACGGUGCCCAAUGCUAAAGAGUUUGCUGAUUGGGUUGCAAAGGUCCAUCAGCAACCAUGCCACAUUGUUUAUACGAACUAUCGACCCACUCCACUUCAGCAUUAUAUAUUUCCUUCUGGUGGUGAUGGGUUAUACUUGGUGGUUGAUGAAAAAGGGAAGUUUCGUGAGGAUAGUUUUCAGAAAGCUUUGAAUGCUAUUGUUCCGGCCAAUGAAUGGGAUAAGAAAAGAGAGAAUGGCAAGUAUCAGAAGGGUCUGGUUUUUUGCAAAUCUGGCGAGGAUAGUGACAUAUUCAAGAUGGUUAAAAUGAUUAUUCAGCGGCAAUAUGAUCCUGCAAUAUGUUUCAGCUUCAGCAAAAGAGAAUGUGAAUUUCUAGCAAUGCAAAUGGCAAAAAUGGAUCUUAACAAUGACGCUGAGAAGGUGAAUAUUGAAACUAUUUUCUGGAGUGCUAUGGACAUGUUGUCGGAUGAUGAUAAAAAACUGCCCCAGGUUUUGAAUAUGCUUCCCCUAUUGAAACGUGGAAUUGGUGUGCAUCACUCUGGUUUGCUUCCUAUACUGAAAGAAGUGAUUGAAAUCCUGUUCCAAGAAGGAUUCAUCAAGUGUUUGUUUGCCACAGAGACCUUCAGUAUAGGGUUGAACAUGCCUGCAAAAACUGUUGUCUUUACAAAUGUUCGCAAAUUUGAUGGAGACAAGUUUAGAUGGAUAUCCAGUGGUGAGUAUAUUCAGAUGAGUGGUCGUGCUGGUCGUCGGGGAAUUGAUGAACGUGGGAUCUGCAUCCUUAUGGUUGAUGAGAAGCUUGAACCUCCUACAGCUAAAUCCAUGCUAAAGGGAAGUGCUGAUGCAUUACAAAGUGCCUUCCAUUUAAGCUAUAACAUGCUUUUAAAUCAAAUGCGGCGUGAAGGUGAUGAUCCCGAAAAUCUGCUCCGUAACUCAUUUUAUCAAUUUCAAGCAGAUCGUGCAAUUCUUGAUCUUGAGAAACAAGCAAAAAUUCUUAAAGAGGAGAGAGACUCAAUUGUGAUUGAAGAAGGAGACAGCGUUGAGAGAUAUUUGAAUCUGAUAGAACAAUAUAAGAGCUUGAAGAGGGAUGUACACAAGAUUGUUUUCUCCCCAAAAUAUUGCUUACCUUUCUUGCAGCCUGGUAGGCUUGUAUGCAUUGAGUGUACGGAGGUUGGCGUUGAUGUUCCAACCUUCUCCAUCAUGGAAGAGUUCACAUGGGGAGUAGUAAUUAAUUUUGAAAGGGCGAAAGGUCUUUCUGAAGAUGAUGUAAACAAAAAACCGGAGGAUGCAAACUAUACAGUAGAUGUACUUACGAGAUGUAUAAUGCAGAAGGAUGAUGUUGGUAGAAAGACAAUUAAAAUUGUUCCCUUGAAGAAUGCUGGGGAACCAGCUGUUGUUUCUCUUCCUUUGUCCCAGAUUGAUAGUUUGAGCAGUGUCCGUCUUGUGAUUCCAAAGGAUCUUUUACCUUCGGAAGCUCGAGAAAAUACACUAAAGAAGGUUUCUGAAGUUCUCAAUAGAUUUUCAAGAGAGGGCAUGCCUCUCUUACACCCGGAAGAUGACAUGAAGAUAGAAGCCUUGGAGAGUCUGUUUGAAGAGCACGGGAUAGCAACGUCUCCCCUUAUAAAAGAAAAGCUUAAGGUUUUGCAUAAGAAGAAAGAACUUACUGGCAAAAUCAAAUCAAUUAAGAGAGCAAUGCGUACUUCAACUACCUUGGCUUUCAAAGAUGAAUAUAAAGCAAGGAAAAGAGUUCUCAGGAGACUUGGAUACAUAAAAAAGGAAAGUGCUAAAGUGAAGAUUGCCUGUGAAAUAAGCAGUGCAGAUGAGUUGACCUUGACUGAAUUGAUGUUGAAUGGGACCUUCGGCAAAAUUGAAGUGGAGGAGCUUGUAUCUCUUCUCUCUUGUUUUGUGUGGCAAGAAAAGCUUCAGGAUACCCAAAAGCCCCGGGAAGAGCUUGAGUUGCUCUUUGCACAGUUACAGGAUAUAGCUCGGAAGGUUGCAAAAGUUCAGCUCGACAGCAAGGUCCAAAUAGAUGUUGAGAACUUUGUGAGUUCAUUCCGACCUGAUAUCAUGGAGGCUGUCUAUGCCUGGGCUGGAGGAUCUAAGUUUUAUGAGAUUAUGGAAAUUACUCAGGUGUUUGAGGGCAGUUUAAUCAGGGCUAUCAGGAGACUGGAGGAAGUUCUUCAGCAGCUAAUAGAAGCUGCGAAAGCCGUUGGGGAUGUUGGGCUUGAGGCAAAAUUCAAAAAGGCCGUUGCCAAGAUCAAGAGGGACAUUGUCUUUGCGGCAUCUCUGUAUUUGUAGAUAUAAGAUUGAGGCAUUUCUGUCAAUGGUCCAUAAACAGAGGUCAGUUUAGAUGGAAGUUAUGCCACUAAUUAUGUUACUCUCAAGUGUAGGGGUGUUCAUGGUUCUAUCUUUUGUAAUUAGAAACCAAGCAUGAUAUGUAGUUUGUUAGAUAUGCAAAUUAAACAAUUAUUCUUUUUUUUCUGCUGGGGUACAACAUGUACCAUGUGGAAUUAUUACUUUUUGGUGUGGCGUGACUUUUCAAUUAACUAGAUAAUUAACAAUUCCUUCUGA